GUCUCGACGCGAGUAGCCGGGGAGGUGUCGCGGCCCGGAGGCAGUCGCCCGGCGCAGGUGGACGCUGCGCGCCGGACUCUCCAACCGCCGCCCCUCCCGCGGGGGUCCCGAGCUAGCGGAUGGGAGGUACGGCUCGCGGGCCCGGGCGGAAGGAUGCGGGGCCGCCGGCAGCCGGACUCCCGCCCCAGCAGCGGAGAUUGGGUGAUGGUGUCUAUGAUGCCUUUAUGAUGAUAGAUGAAACCAAAUGCCCACCCUGUUCAAAUGUCCUCUGCAAUCCUUCUGAACCACCUCUACCCAGAAGACUAAAUAUCACCACUGAGCAGUUAACAAGAGAUCAUACUCAGCGCUUUCUGAAUGAAGGUGAGAUGAAGGUAGAACAGCUGUUCCAAGAAUUUGGCAACAGAAGAUCCGAUACUUUCCUGUCAGAUGGCAUCAACGACUGUGAAAAAUGCUCUCCUACUGUUUCUCAGGGUACAGGUUCAGAUAGCUUGAAUAUGGUAAAAUCCAGCAGUUCAUCCAAAGCAUGCAAAGUGGUGCCUCUGACUCCAGAACAAGCCCUGAAGCAAUAUAAACACCACCUCACUGCUUACGAGAAGCUGGAAAUCACCAAUUAUCCAGAAAUUUACUUUGUGGGUCCAAAUGCCAAAAAAAGACAUGGAGUUAUCGGUGGUCCCAAUAAUGGGGGGUAUGAUGAUGCAGAUGGGGCCUAUAUUCAUGUACCUCGAGACCAUCUAGCUUAUAGAUAUGAGGUGCUGAAAAUUAUUGGCAAGGGGAGUUUUGGGCAAGUAGCCCGGGUCUAUGAUCACAAACUUCGACAGUAUGUGGCCCUAAAGAUGGUGCGCAAUGAAAAGCGCUUCCAUCGUCAAGCAGCUGAGGAGAUCCGGAUUUUGGAGCAUCUUAAAAAGCAGGAUAAAACUGGUAGCAUGAAUGUUAUCCACAUGCUGGAAAGUUUCACCUUCCGGAACCAUGUUUGUAUGGCCUUUGAAUUGCUGAGCAUAGACCUGUAUGAGCUAAUUAAAAAAAACAAGUUUCAGGGUUUUAGCAUCCAGCUAGUACGCAAGUUUGCUCAAUCCAUCUUGCAAUCCUUGGAUGCUCUCCACAAAAAUAAGAUCAUUCACUGUGACCUGAAGCCAGAAAACAUUCUCCUGAAACACCAUGGGUGCAGUGCGACCAAGGUCAUUGACUUUGGGUCCAGCUGUUUUGAGUACCAGAAGCUUUACACAUAUAUCCAGUCUCGCUUCUACAGAGCUCCAGAGAUCAUUUUGGGAAGCCGCUACAGCACGCCUAUUGACAUAUGGAGUUUUGGCUGCAUCCUUGCAGAACUCUUAACAGGACAGCCUCUCUUCCCUGGAGAGGAUGAAGGAGACCAGUUGGCCUGUAUGAUGGAGCUUCUAGGGAUGCCACCGCCAAAACUUCUGGAGCAGUCUAAACGUGCCAAGUACUUCAUUAACUCCAAGGGCCUGCCUCGAUACUGUUCUGUGACUACUCAGGCAGAUGGGAGGGUUGUGCUUGUCGGGGGUCGCUCACGUAGGGGUAAAAAGCGAGGUCCCCCAGGCAGCAAAGACUGGGUGACAGCACUGAAAGGGUGUGAUGACUUCUUGUUUAUAGAGUUUUUGAAAAGGUGUCUUCACUGGGACCCCUCUGCCCGCCUGACCCCAGCUCAAGCAUUGAGACACCGUUGGAUUAGCAAGUCUGCACCCAGACCUUUGACUAUUGAAAAGGUGUCAGGGAAACGGGUAGUAAAUCCUGCAAAUGCUUUCCAGGGACUGGGUUGCAAGUUGCCUCCAGUUGUUGGAAUAGCUAACAAGCUUAAAGCCAAUUUAAUGUCGGAAGCCAGUGGUGGUCUGCCUCUGUGCCGUGUGCUGCCAAAACUGGUAAGCCAGUGAACAGCCAUAUGCUCAGAGAUGCGUGUGUGUGUGUUUUUAAUUAUCUCGCAAACCUGAAAAUGGAAAAAAUACAAGCCCAUUGGUGGAUAUGCUUUUGUUAGACUAGACUUCUUUUUUUAACAAGGCAAAACAUUUUUAUAUGACUGUACAAGAAACUCUUCAAGGGCUAAUUAUCCAACCAGCUUGUAUUGGCCAUCCUGGAAUAUACAUUAAAUGACUUUUUGUAGGUCAGUGCAUCUUUGUUAUUAUCGUCAGAUGAACAUCAGCCUGUGUAUUCUGUUGACUUGAAUCCCUUCCUCUCAAGAUAGAAGGUAUACCAAGAAGUAUAUCCUGACCACGCCUCGCUUCUCGUUUCCCUCAGCAUCUGUUCUGGGGGGUAGUUUGAGUCGUGGCCGUAGUGAUGGAUGAGGGCCAAAGCUAGGUCUCUUGCCACCGCAGGCCAUCCUGAGGGCUCGUUCUAGGUGGUUCUAGGUGAAAGGGCUCACAACAGACUAUGGGCAGGAAAGCUCCAGGAAGCUGUUGGUCACCUGGGGAAGUGGUGUCACUGCUUCUCAGUGACUCAUUUCUCCUCCCUUCGAUUCUGUGACGCGUGAUGUAUUUAUGUUAUUGUUAUUAUUUUAUUAUUGUUUUGCCUGUGAUUUGUUUCCUGGGCACUCAGAGCAUUUUGCAGACAUCUUGUCACCUCACCAAGUACUGAUUUUAAAAUGGAGUCGUAUCCGUCCCUCUGCCACUCUUCCAAGGAAGAUAAAGCAUCUCUUUUGCCCCAAAUAACCCAGAACGUUAAAGGCAGAAUCAGCAUGCAAAUGCGGUUCCCCAGUUUCUUGGAACCCUGGGGACCAGCCUACUGUUGCAUUUUCACAGACUCUCUUAUGAAAGUCAUCGCGAUCAGGUGAACCUAACUACAGUUUCAUUGGGUUCCCUCUCUUUCUAGCUCUCUGCCACCCUAAUGUGCCACAGUUUUCCCACUUUCAAUUUAAACCCAAGACUAUUCCCUAGAUUCUGAGUGAACUUCAGUUAGAAGAAGAAAAUCCAGAAACUACUGGAAAUCCGUUUCAUUUUCCUUCAUUUCAUCCUUUUUCUCUGCUAAGAUUUUAGCAGUGAGGGCUGGUAAUGAAACUACUUACUAGCCAAGUGUUUUCCUCCGAGAAGUGGAGAAGGAAUGAAAACUAAAUAAGUCACUGCUAUCUUUUAUUUUCUUUCCUGCCCUUCCUCUACUUUAGAGAAUUUAGUCUCUGUAAAUUCCAUAAGAUCAGAAGGAGGCUCUUUUCAUUGGGCAACACAGUAACAAAAAGAAGAAAAAUGCCCAGUGGCUUAUUGGUUAAGUUCCUGUGCUCCACUUCGUUGGCCCAGGGUUCGCAGGUUCGGAUCCUGGGCACGGACCUACUCACUGCUUAUCAAGCUAUGCUGUGGUGUCACAUAUAAAGUAGAAGAAGAUGAGCACGGAUGUUAGCCCUGGGCCAAUCUUCCUCAGCAAAAAGAGGAGGGAUUGGCAUCAGAUGUUAGCUCAGGGCUAAUCUUCCUCACAAAAAGAAAAGAAGAAGAAAAAUGCCGUGGGCAUUUUAUUUAAGGAACUUUUGCCUUAUCCAAAAGAAUUCCUGAUUGCUAUGGCACAGGCUAUAAAAAAUGGGAAUGAGCAAAUGUCCCGAGUGUGGCCUCAGCCCCCCAGGCACAAAGGCCAGAUGGCAGGGACAGUUCAUACUGAAGCCUCGGUCUCUUAAAAAUGGGGAUGUCCUAGUACUUUUGGUGACUGAGCAGCUGGACUGUUUAAAACCUUAAUUAUUUCCCUUACUCCUGGUUUACAGAAGGCAGUGGAACAGGUCCCUGUAACUGGAGAAGUUUAAAAAUCUCUCGCAUUAUCUAGGCAGAGCAUAUGUUGAGGUCGUUUUGCCAGUUGUUAUCAGUGGGGAAGACCUGCUCUCUUAAGCAAGCUGUUGAAAGGACUGCUACCCCAAACACGUCUGCCAAGCACUGAAUUCCGGUGUUUGUGUUUUUAGUGAGGUCUCCUGUGUCCGCAGCACUGUGUGACUUCAGAGAAAAGGGAGCUAUGGCUGAGGUUGGCAUGCGGUCUGUCUGUGCUGAGUGAACUGUGAGGUUACUGAAACUUGCCUGAGUGACAGGACAUAGACAACCCAGUAACACUGUAGAUAAAUUCUAGAAAGCUCUGGGACACUGAAUGGAUGUGUUUCUGCCUAAAUUUGGCAACCUAGAGAGUGACGCAGAGCAGAGUCAUUCAGGUUGGCACACCUGUCUUCUGCGGGCCGAUUCAAGUUUGGAAAGAGUGGGCUGCUUUAAAACAUGGUGGUGGUUGUGCCAGAUGGAUUUGGGGAGGUUUAUGAGUGGGUUUCAAGGUUAGGGACAAUUGUGGUUUUUAGAGGCUGUCACCCUGUGCCCCCUUUUUUCAGCCACUGUUAAAUUUUUGCUGGGAUCCCUGCCCAGCCAUAGCAGUGAGUGACUGAAUGGGAUCAGAGUUAGUGCAGGGACUCAGACUGGCUUCCUCACCGUCACCAGAUUGUUCCUUAGCUGUUUUUGUUCUUAUGGUCAUUUCAAUUAAACAGGUCAUGUUGGUUGGCUUCUUUUACUGAU